AUGGAGAAGAGUUCCGUCGUGUACAGCUGCACUCUGUCCAGUUUGGCUACGAAGAAUUCGUGGAGUGUGUCGUAUCGGUACUCCGAGUUCGUCGAUUUUCGGAUCAAACUGGAAGAGCUGUGGACGUGCCACGACUUCAAAUGUUCCGGAUCCUGCCAAGCUCGCAUGAAGUGUUUCCAUGCGCGUCAAAACCUGCCAGUAAAUUUGUUCAAGUUUUUGGGCGUGGAGAAUGACGUCUACAAACGCUCGCUACUUCAAAUCUUCGUCGACAAUUACCAGAUCGCCGUGAAGGAAGGCUAUGAGACGAGUCUGACGGAUAGCUUCCACUCGAACGCAUCGACUGUGGACUCGGCGCCAGAUUCAGCAGUGUGCAUGAUUUGCCUAUGCGAUGUAGACUUGGAGCACGACCACCAGCACUGUGGUUCGGAAUGCUCUGACUUUGCCAACUCGCCGAUCGUGCUUCCUUGCAAGCACAUUUUCCACCGUGAGUGCGUCUUUGAGUGGCUAAUAUUCGACUUUCACUGCCCUGUGUGCCGAGUUCGAGUGUGUCCCAACGCUGUGAAGAACUACUUUUGCCCUAAGAAUCAUGUGCAGUGGUGGCUGGGCGGUUUUGAGGAGGACCUGUUCCAUCCAGCCGCUCAAUAA